AAGGAUCUCAUGCAAAGCUUCUAGAAGACAUGGCUAUUUUGAGUCUUGCCCAAGUCCAUUCCAUUCCUGUGCUCCCUAAGAGACUUGGUAAACACCUCUUUUUUAAAUUGAUGAGCAUGAAGUCCCAGUCAUCACUGCCUAACCUUAACUGCAUCUGUAGGUGGCGUUGCAGCACUGACUCACUGUCACACCACCCUCCUCCCCCCUUGAGAACCACCACUUCACCUGUGCAUGAUGCUUUGCGCACUGGGAGUCAGGAUCCAAACACUGGGUAUGCACCGAAACUAGAGGAGCAACUUUUGAGAACCAGGGUGAAUUUCUUUACCAUGCUCUUCUACUUUGUUUUACUUCAAUCGUCUGGGGUCCUAUUUGCAUGAUUAUGUUGACGAUGCGUCGUUCCUUCGUGGUUAUUGUUACUUUUGUAAAACUGUCUCCGUUCCGUCAUAUAGUGUUUGUUUUCACGGUGGUUGUUGUUUGUCCGUUUGUAUUCGGCUGAGUUUGAGACAGCGGACACGGACAGAUGUUUACUGCUGCCGCUGCGGCAUGAUUACGACCCUGCCUCUGACUCACCAUUAAAUGCUGACCGGUGCAACUCGUCUCCUGUUCUGCCGUUUUUGUCUUACGCUCAAAACGCAGGGGACGCGCUGCUGGUGAUGGGAACUCUUUGCCACUCUUUGAUGCAUGAAGGAUCACCAUGUCUCAUCUUUUCCCCCAAGAGCUGCUGGUAACUAUCACAAACACAAAGGAUGUGGGAGAUAACUUGUCUUUAAGUUAGAUAUUUUUUCUCCUUUUAUCUUUAGACAAUAGAUGUUUGUGCUGCGUUUUCCUCCUGUUUUGUUUGGAAUACCUGCGUACGAAUCCCGGAUGGCGAUGUGUAGCUUACAAACACCCAGCAUGCAAUUUGUUUUGUAACAAAAACAACCACUCUUCUUUUGAACAAGUACUUUCGGCGCCAGAUAUUGUUGGACCACUUCAGAAUGCGUGUUGCAGUCAGACUGGAUAAUUUGAAUCGAUCUAAAAUAGCCCAGUUUUCAUGCUAGACUCUGGAGAGGGCUAUCCGUUCCCCGGAGAACCGCAGACAUCCUGUGUGAGUUCAGAAUUUUGAUUAAGACUUGGUUCAUCUUCACUGGGAACUCUGGGGGCUUACACGAGACUGUUAACAACGAUUGCGAGUAACCUGAUUUUACGCACGGCUGCCAGACUCUGCUACCCACCUCCGCAACAUAGACAGUGAUGAUGGAAGGAAAGGGCAGCGCCAAGGGGCUUGUGGAGUCCCAAACCCGGGGUGCCUUUAACACUCAGGGCCAGGCGCGGCCCCUUGAAUAACCGCGCGGCGACAGCAUGCCCUCUUGGCCCAAUCACUCGGAGUGCCUCUCCCAUAACUGCAGCUGGGAGGAGAUCCACAACCACACAAGGAAUGCUGACCCUGUCCCGCCUCCUCUCAAUUACUACUCGAUUCCUCUCCUCACGGCCAUCACCAUCGCCUGCACCCUGCUCUUUCUGGUCGGGGUGGCCGGGAAUGUCAUGACCAUUCUGGUGGUCAGCAAGUACCGGGACAUGCGCACCACCACCAACCUAUAUCUAUGUAGCAUGGCUGUGUCAGACUUGCUCAUCUUCCUAUGUAUGCCGCUGGACCUCUACCGCAUGUGGAGGUACAGGCCCUGGCGCUUUGGAGACGUGCUCUGCAAGCUUUUUCAGUUCGUGUCAGAAUCCUGCACCUACUCCACUAUCCUGAGUAUCACCGCGCUGUCGGUGGAGCGCUACCUGGCGAUCUGCUUCCCGUUACGCGCCAAGGCUCUGGUUACAAAAAGGCGGGUGCGCGCCCUCAUCCUCCUACUCUGGACAGUGUCUCUUUUGAGCGCCGGCCCCGUGUUUGUCAUGGUGGGCGUGGAGCGGGAUUACAUGGGGCCACCAAAUUUCAGUAGUGGGAUGAAUGAGACUGGCUUCUUUCAGGACGGCGGGGACACCCGGGAGUGUAAGAUGACGCACUACGCCGUGGAGUCGGGUCUGAUGGGAGCCAUGGUGUGGUUAAGCUCUGUUUUCUUUUUCAUGCCAGUGUUCUGUCUCACGGUGCUCUACAGCCUCAUAGGCCGUCGGCUGUGGCAGAGACACCGUGAAACGAACAUCAACUCCCGCGUGGCUCACAGGGACAAAAGCAACAGACAGACCAUCAAGAUGCUGGUGGUGGUGGUACUGGCCUUUGUCCUCUGCUGGUUGCCAUUCCACGUGGGUCGCUACCUGCAGUUCCGCUCGCUUGACGCUCCGUCCCCUCUGCUCUCUGUGUUGUCCGAAUACUGCAGCUUGGUGUCGGUGGUUCUCUUCUAUCUGAGUGCCGCCAUCAACCCAAUCCUCUACAACACGAUGUCCUGGAAGUACAGGGGCGCAGCGGCGCGCCUCUUCGGCCUGACCGACAGCCAGCCAUCGCGAGGACGCACAGCCAGCACCAUGAAGGGCGAGGCCUCGAACGGCUGGACGGAGUCUACAGUCAGCUUCUAAGUCGAAGUUUCUGUAUUUAACAACACCGACCUAUAAGCCAUUAUUUCUGUAAGGUCGAGGACAAACUGCUCUGUAAACGUGGGCUUACUUGCCCAUAAUUGACUGGGAUUGAAAGAACCAGAGGAUGCGAAAAGAGCGAGCCACAAAAAGCUGCAAGCCUCCAUUCUCUUUGUCAAUAUGCAUCAAUAGAGCUUCGAUUUUUUCAAACAGUUCAUUUUCUUGUUGGAUAAUAUGAGCAAGUGGCAUCCCUAUUCAUACAGCUCAGUCAGCAGCAUUUGAAAAGCAUGACUGGUGGAGUGCAAAUUCACACUAGCCUGAAGUGCUUAUAUUAAUCCAAAUGUGAACAACAUACAGCUGGGGCCCACAUGCCCCUGUACACACAGACAUAUAUGUAUAAAUAUUGCAGACAUGUACAAUUGCCUUAUAUUGUAUUCAUAUUCUGGAUGACAAAGAAAGCACUGUAGAACUUGUGGCACUGCUCUGUACUCCUGUAUAGAGGGGCAGAAGUGCAGUGUGUGUGUGUGUGUGUGUUUGUGGUUUGUGUGUUUGUGUGUGUGUAUGAGAGAAAGAAAGAGAAAGAGAGUAUCUUCAUGUGUGUAUUGUGUGCCAUGCUUUUGGAUGUGAUUCUUGUAAUUAGUUGGAGAGAGUGUGAAGAUGUACUACAUUACUGUUAUUCAUUUUUUGACAUGCUCAGUGCACUGUAUCUUGGAAAUUAAAGUCCAUGCUGUGUUGA